AUGACAAGUUCAACUUCGAUAAUGUCACCCUCACGUAUUAAUAAUCUCGGUGGGUCUUCUCACCAGUCAAUGUAUAAAAUGCCAUCACCAACAAUUCGUAAUGAUGUAACAUGGAAAGAGCGUUACAGACAACAUUGUAAACAAGAAUUUAGAAAAUCAAGAGAAAAAAUGGUUAAUAAAUUGAGAAAGUUAUCAUUUGACAAUUGUAGCAUGUCAAAUGGCAGUGAUAACAUCGAUAGUCAGCAGCAGCAGGAUACACCAAUUUCUGUUCGUCAGAUAGCUGAACAAGAAUGGCGUAAAUUAUUUGGUUAUGACAUUACAAGUUCUCGUCAUGGUUUACGUCGUCAAAAUUCAUCUCAAAUGGACUGUGAUGGCGCUGAUGAAGAUGAUUUUAUUGAUUUUGAUGCCAAUAUAAAAUUAUUUGAAGAUAUCCAACGUGAAUUACAAGAAGAAGAACAACGAUUAUUACCACUCCUUCCAGAUGAAGAGGAUGAAAAUUAUCUUCGUUAUAAUUUUGAGUCAUCAGCAUCUAUUCGUUGUCCUAAAUGUUCGCAGAUUACUUUAGAACAGGAUCAACAAACAAUUUUAUGUAAACAAUGUCAAUUCAAAUAUCAGUUAGAUCCAGCAAUAUUUAAUGGUACAGUUCACAUACUGUCUGAUAUUUAUUUUCAACAUGCUCAACAAGGUACUUGUGCAGAUACGGUGUUAUCUUCCAUUUUUGUGGAUGAUCAAGGACAAGCACCAUUUAUUAUUCUAUGUGUCAAUUGUGAUUAUUCAUGUUGCUUGUAA